CUCCCAUCUGCUCCCCCCGUUGGCACUCCGACCCAGUGACCCUACGUGCGGUGGCUUUGCCCUCUAGCUUCUCCACCUGUGCAGCUGCUGCGCGUGCUUCCCUGCACGGGAUUGCGCCCUUGUUGACUGAUCGCUUCUGACCGCCGUGGAUCGCUGCCUGCCUCGUGUCCCAGACGCCCCCUCGACACGUUGCCGAAACAAUGGCCGAUUCCGACGUCGCCAACUUCUACAACCUCCCUUCCGAGUACCCCGAGGAAUGGCCCGCCGAGCUCGACGAGAGCGAGGAUUCCGAGGAUGAGACCCUUCAACGCCGGGGCUCGCGAUCCCGAUACUUCGCCCUCGAACGCAGCAACAGUGGUCGGAAAGGGCCCAAUCUGGGCUCGUUCAAGGGGAAAACCGCGAGGGACAAUCUCGUCAAAAUGGACGAGCCCGAUCCCUUGGGCUCCGGAGACUCCGUCUUCAAGAUCUUGAAGAAACGAGGGUUGUCCCUGGAGGAGGAGGGUCGUUUGCGCAAUCGGUUCUUGCUCUCGUCUACGUCGUUCUCCCCGGCUCUCUUCCUCUCGCAGGCGCACUCGGACGCAUCCAUCAAGUCACUCCUCAGUGGUCUUGAUUUCCUUUCGCGAUCCAUCGAUCAGAAGUCGGCUUCGCUGAAGGUCCUCGUCGAGGCCAAUUUCGAGCGGUUCGUUCGAGCCAAAGCGACCAUCGAUAGUGUCUAUACAGAGAUGAGGAACCAAGGGAGGGAACAGAACACGUCCGUACAACAGGCUCAUCGCAGGUCGGGGCAUUUUCGGAAUUAUUCGGGGGGGAUGCAACCAGUUCCCUCGCCCGCUCCGUCAGACUCGGCACCCGGGAAGAACGCUCUCACCAAAGAGAGCGAGUAUGGCCUCAAGGGUAUCCGUGUUCCCUUGCUGGAGGCUUCUGUGAAAGCCGAGGAAGUGUGGGGUCCCGCACUGGGAGGCCGUGAAAGGGAGCAAGCGCUGAAAUCGGUGGUUGAUGCGAUGGAGAAACACCGCGACGUCUACGAAAUAGGCGGGAUGCUUUCGAAAUCCAUCAAGCAGAGAGACUACGAUUCGGUCUUUGAGCAGUAUACGAAGGCAAGAACUCUGGCAAAAGAAGCUAAGAACCUCGCCGACAGGGCGAUUAGCAAACACCGGCCCUUGACGGAUGAAGAUACGCAUUUGAUUCUGGCCAUGGGGCGAAUGUGGAUGGAUGUCGAUCAGCAAUUACAGGUGUUCAAACGUGAUCUCUGGAGACGUCUCGGCGAUGCGCCUACAACCUCGACAACGGUAACGGCAUCCGGGCCGGUUGAGGAACACAUGGAGCUUAUAGGUGCCUUACUGGAGCUGGGCGUGGACGACAACCCCAUCUGGGUGUGGCUUCUCAGUCGGUACAACUUUCUGAAAACCAAAAUCACCACGUUCUGCGAACGCUGCAAAACGGAGAUUGAAAUUCUUCGGCGCAGACUCGCCAGCGGGGAGAAACCAAGUCCUCGAGCAGUGGCAUCGUAUCUUCGACUGGCGCCGCGCGACAAUUCCAAAGAUACGCAAGACAUGUUGGAUACUGAUCAGAUUAUUGAGCUCUGGGAUUGCGUGCAUACCUACCUCAACAGGCUGCUGUCGUCGCAGGGCGGUAUUCUGGGAGAAGUGUUGGAUUUUUGGGAAGCGGCACAGUCUUUCCUCGACGGGAGCAAGCAAAAGUUGCUCCCUGCCGGAUUUGAAGGGGAAAGCCGGAAGCACCACCGGCUCUCAAGCACCGACUCGAGGGACUUGCAGAAAGGUGUUGUCGAGCUUGUUAACCUCAUUCGAGAAAGUGUCCUCUCGUUAUUUGCCGACCCUCCGUUGGAGGAUAUCUCUCUACUCACGUCGCCAAUAUCGCCGCCAAGUCCCAACACGCCGUUCGGGGUGACACCCACGGGGUCCCGGUUCAAGCUUGAUCCCAAAAACAUGCCGUUUCCCACGCCAAAGAGCGGCGAACACUGGGAGGAUUUCGCAUUCUGGCCACCAUUCUCCAAUGCGCUCAGUGGCGUCCAUUAUUUGGGCCAGUUCUUGGUCAUCAUCGGAACGGCGGCGAGUGAAAUGGCCGCCUUGGGUCCAGUGUCAAGCAAUGGCAACGCACAUGGUCUUCUCAAGGCGCUUGUCAGUGUCGCCCGGGAGCGCGCGGUGCGAGUGGUGUGCUCUGCCUGGGGCAGAGACGCAGAAGUCUGCAAGCUGAUGGAGGAUUGGACACGCGACCCGGAGAGUAGGGACCUCACGAAAAUGCCCAGCUUAUUUGUCGCCUUUGAGAAUGCAAUCCUUGGGGGGAUGCAAAAGAUUCUCUAUGUCUCGGAGGCCAUGGUCAAAUCCGGUGAUGUAGACAUCGUGACGCAGCCUCCAACCAAGCUUCUUCAAAUGGUGCGCACCCAGUUUGUCUCCAGCGUCUACAAAGCCCUCAGCGGUCUCGUGGAGAAUGCAGAGCACCCUACCGCGCCCGAAGAGGACAACGAAUGGGUUCUCGCUGGGUCGACGCGCAACCGCUCUGGAAUCUCGUCCGUUUUCGUGGCAGACGCUGUCGAUGCCCACAACAGAAAUGUGCGCAUCCUCCUUACUCUCUCAAACAUCAAAUCCCUCCAGACCGACUUUGUGCCCCAGUUGGUUGCGAACUUCGAAACCUCUUUCUCCGUGAAGUUGACGGACGAAGCCAAAACCAUCCGCGACGUGCUCAGUCAAAUCGACAACCGCCUAUUCCAGUCCUACACAAACCCAACGAUCAGUACCUUGAACACGACGAUCUUCAAUGGAAUCACAGCCGCUGAUUGGGAACCCUCCGUCGCUCGUCCCGACCAAGUGCGGCCCUACGUGUACGACACCUUGUUGACGCUGGUGCUUGUCCACACGGAGAUAUCGACUACCAUUCCCUCUAGCGCCUUGGCCUCGACGCGCUCCUCAACCUCAUCGGCAUCGACUCCGUCCGCCCUGCUCUCCGUCGUGCUCACCCAUCUUCUGGCACAGGUUUCCUCGUCCCUCCUGAAUUCUUUCAGCUCGCGAUCAUCGUACACACUUCCUGCCCUGAUGCAGGCCACUCUAGACACGGAAUACAUUGCACAAACCAUGUCGCAGUACACCACCGAUGAGGCAUCGGCUCUACAAAGUCAAAUCUACGUUGAACUCGACCGUCGCACAUCUCACGAAGCUCGGGCCCGGCUUCAAUCCGAACUGGGUGAAAUGAGAGGGAUUCUCAAGAGAUUGCGGGAAAGAACCAAGGGAGAGUUUGCUUGCUUCAGGAGAUCAAAGGGCAGCGGGGGCCAGAAGGCAUCGGCGUAGUUAUAACCUGUUGUUUAAGGGUUGUAUAUAGUCAAAUCUAGAAUC